AUGGAUGUUAGCGUCGACGACUUCUAUGGCAACAUUCCACACCAGAUUUCCAGCCUCACAUACUUGGAGAGAAUUCAGACAUCUUCUAGAAAUCAUCCGUCAGACGGAAUUCUAGCCUCGCAUCUAGUCUUCGUUUCUUAUCUUCAAUGCACUGCCCUUGAGAUUACGCAGUUCCCCGCUUCCAAAUUAGUACAAGUGAUAAUACAACUAACAACAUGGAAGGUGUACACGAAAACGUGGGAAGGCAUCACAUGUAAUCAGAAUGGUUGGAUCAUCCAACUGCGGUUGCCAUCCAAGGGACUCAAAGGAGGUAUUUUUCCUUCAUCACUUGGAAACCUUAAGCUUCUUUCGCACCUCAACCUCUCCCACAAUCUACUUUCCGGCUCUCUUGAAGCCGGGAUGUCUUUGUCCUUGAGUCACCUUGAGAUCCUUGAUUUGAGCUAUAAUCUUUUCUCCGGAGAAGUAGCAUUGUCUUUAUCAUCAAGUUACAUCCAAACGGUUGAUCUUUCGAGCAAUCAAUUCAACGGAACAAUUCCAUCUUCAUUCCUCCAGCAUUCCUGGAAUUUGAGCAGUUUUAAUGUCAGCAAUAAUCAUUUUACAAGCCAAAUACCAUCCCUUAUCUGUCUCCGUUUCUCUUCACUUAGAGUCUUGGAUUUCUCCCACAAUAAUUUCAGUGGCUCAAUUCCUCUAGGACUAGGAAACUGUUCCGAAUUGGAGGUCUUUCGUGCUGGUGACAAUACUCUCUCAAGGUCCCUUCCUGCUGAUAUCUACAAAGCUCAAGCACUUCAAGAAAUUUCAUUAUCUACUAAUAGCCUUUUCGGACCCAUCGGUGAGAAUGUUGGGAAGCUCUCCAAAUUAAAGCUCAUGCAUCUUCAUUACAACAAUCUAGAAGGUCAUCUGCCCCCAUCUUUGAUGAAUUGCACAAAUCUUGUUGAAAUAAAACUCAGAUUCAACCGUUUUAGUGGGAAUAUCUCCGCGCUUGAUUUCUCUAAACUUACUCAACUUAGUAAACUAGAUUUUAUAAAUAAUAUGUUCACUGGUAUCUUGCCAAUAAGCCUUUACUCAUGCAAGUCCCUCAAAGCACUUCAAUUGGCUGCAAAUUAUUUCGAGGGACAAAUCCAACCUGAGAUUCUUCAAUUGAAAAACUUGACCUUCCUCUCGCUUUCUAACAACAGACUCACCAAUGUCACGGGGGCAAUGAAUAUAUUGACGAGCUUAAAAAGUCUCAAGGUGCUCCUUUCAAAAGUUUUUGCAGGUGAAGAAAUGCCAGACGGGGAUAUAACUCUAAUUAAAGAACAGUAG